AAGCCGCUCGCUUUACGGCAAAGCGGCGGGGAUGCCCGGAAGAGGCAGCGGCGGCUUGAGAAGCGCUCCGCUGGCGGCGCACGUGUUGCAAAGCCCUCCACCCUGGAAUUGGUGUCUAUUCUUUUCCAUUCCUUAAAUUUAAUAAUAAUAAUAAUAAUAAUAAUAAUAAUAAUAAUAAUAAUGCUUUACCUGAUUGGACUUGGACUUGGAGAUGCCAAAGAUAUUACAGUUAAAGGCCUGGAGGUAAUAAAGCAGUGUAGCCGAGUGUACCUGGAAGCCUACACGUCGAUCCUCACGGUUGGAAAGGAAGCACUGGAGGAGUUCUAUGGCAAAGAACUGAUUCUCGCCGACAGAGAAACUGUAGAACAAGAAGCAGAUACAAUCCUGAAGGGUGCACAUCAAUGUGACGUGGCUUUUCUUGUAGUUGGAGAUCCUUUUGGGGCGACUACACACAGUGACCUUGUCCUCCGGGCGGUGAAGUUGGGAGUGCCCUACAGAGUCAUCCACAAUGCCUCCAUACUCAACGCCGUCGGCUGUUGCGGCCUGCAGCUCUACAAUUUCGGAGAAGUUGUGUCUGUCGUUUUCUGGACCGAUACGUGGAAGCCCGAGAGCUUUUACGACAAAAUAGCCAAAAACAGAAGAAACGGCAUGCACACCCUCUGCUUGCUUGACAUUAAAGUCAAGGAACAAUCGCUGGAGAAUCUCAUGAAGGGGAAGAAGAUUUAUGAGCCACCCAGGUAUAUGAGCGUGAACCAGGCAGCGGAGCAGCUUCUCGCUAUUGUGCAAAACAGGCGGCUACAAGGCGAAGAACCAGAAAUUGCAGAAAACACCAUCUGCGUAGGCUUAGCAAGAGUGGGCGCAGUGGAUCAAAAGAUUGCUUCCGGUACUCUACAGGAAAUGACUACGGUGGCAUUAGGCGAUCCUCUACACUCUUUGAUCAUAACUGGAACUUUGCAUCCGUUGGAAUUAGACAUGCUCAAGCUUUUUGCAGUUGACAAAUCCAUUUUUGAGCACGUGGCUGAAUAAAUACUUGUUUACGCACAUGCUUUGAGCUGAAUCUGGUGUCACUAGUUAGCCAGUGUUUUGCAAGAGGGGGAAGCCCACCCCAACUGCCCAAGUAGACUGCCAGAAAGUCCUGUUGCCAGUCUCUAUGAAGACACCAAACUAUUUAUCAAGGAAUACAACCCGUGGAGCAAUUAUCAAGUCUGGUUGUUUGGCAGGCUGCCUAAAUUCGGUAUGAAAUGCAUUUUUUAAAAAAAGUUACCUACCAAUAAAAAGCCAGUUCAGAAUGAAA